AUGUGGACCCAGGAGAGCACCCUGGUUGCAGUGAAGCCAGAUGGGGUACAGCGCCGGCUCAUCGGAACUGUGAUCCAGCGCUUUGAGAGGCGGGGCUUCAAGCUGGUUGGCAUGAAGAUGCUGCAGACACCUGACAGCAUCCUUGCUGAGCAUUACCAGGACCUACAGAGGAAGCCCUUUUACCCAGCCCUUAUCAGCUACAUGAGCUCUGGGCCCGUGGUGGCAAUGGCCUGGGAAGAGUACAAUGUGGUCCGCACCUCAAGGGCCAUGAUAGGACACAGUGACUCCACUGAGGCUGCCCCUGGGACCAUCUGGGGGGACUUCAGCAUCCACAUCAGCAGGAACAUCAUCCACGCCAGUGACUCAGUGGAAGGGGCCCAGAGAGAGAUCCAGCUGUGGUUCCAGAGCAGCGAGCUGGUGAACUGGGCAGAUGGGGGCCACUACAGCAGCAGCUACCCAGCUUGAGGGCUUGUGCUGCCCUCAGUGCCCCAGCAACCACCCAGGACAACUGCUUUGGUCAACAACUCAAGCCACACCCAUCCUGUCUCCCCCAAGCCACUUUCUUGCUCACUUUCUGCCCCACCACAGCCCAAGGGAGUUUGAGGCCCAACUCUAUGUGCCUUUCUGUAUCCUAAGUCAGCACAAGAUUGGACCAAAUCCUUCUGUACCAAAGUGCCAGACAACCUUUGGGCAUCCUCAGAGGUCACCUUAACUGCUCCAAAGGAGACACAUUAAAAUCCACUGCUUAUAAUGGGGGUGGUGUGCUCAUUUUGUCUUCUGCCAUUUCUGAGACAGUAAAGAUGCUUUUAUGAAGUA